AUGUCGGUGUCGGGGCUGAAGGCCGAAUUGAAGUUUCUCGAAUCAAUCUUUGACCCAAACCACGAACGAUUCCGAAUCAUAGAUUGGAAACCCGACGAACUCAGUUGCCAGUUUAACGUAACAGGAGAGAAGCUGCUGAUCAUUCACUGCAACAUCACGGAGUCUUAUCCCUCAACGUCCCCGAUAUGGUUUGUGGACUCCGAUGAUCCAAGUCUGGCGGAAGUGUUGGAGCGCUUGGAGGAUGUGAGAAAAGGAAGCACAUUGCUUCUUCAGCAGUUGAAGCGUCUCAUCUGUGACUUAUGUCGACUUUAUAACCUGCCUCAGCAUCCAGAUGUGGAAAUGCUCGACCAGCCUCUUCCUGCCGGCCCCAUUAUACAAGAGCGAAAGCACGGACCUCCAGACGAGGUGACGUCAGAGGAGGAGGAGGAGGAAGAAAUGGGAGAGCAGGACAUUGACCUGGACCAAGACUUGGACCAUUAUGACAUGAAAGAAGAGGAGCCGGUGGAUGGCAAAAAGUCUGAAGAUGACGGGAUUGAAAAGGAACACCUGGCUAUUUUGGAGAAGAUCCGUAAAAAUCAGAGACAAGACCACUUGAACGGCGCAGUCUCUGGCUCUGUGCAGGCUUCGGACCGCCUCAUGAAGGAACUCAGGGAGAUCUACAGAUCACAGAGUUAUAAGACGGGUAUUUAUUCAGUGGAACUAGUCAAUGACAGCCUUUAUGACUGGCACGUCAAGUUAAGGACGGUAGAUCCAGAUAGUCCGCUGCAUAGUGAUCUGCAGGUCUUAAAAGAAAAGGAAGGAGUGGACUAUAUUUUGCUCAAUUUUUCUUAUAAAGAUAAUUUUCCGUUUGACCCACCUUUUGUGCGGGUUGUCGCCCCUGUGCUCUCCGGAGGUUAUGUUCUAGGAGGAGGAGCCUUGUGUAUGGAGCUUCUCACAAAGCAGGGCUGGAGCAGUGCCUAUUCCAUAGAAUCUGUAAUAAUGCAGAUAAAUGCAACUCUAGUGAAAGGAAAGGCCAGAGUUCAGUUUGGGGCCAAUAAGAACCAGUACAAUCUUGCCAGAGCACAACAGUCAUAUAAAUCCCUCGUGCAGAUUCAUGAAAAGAAUGGAUGGUACACGCCCCCUAAAGAGGAUGGAUAAACAGCUCCCAUCACUAUGCACUGAGAACAUGGGUCAAAGUGUCUCAUUUUCUUUGGAGUAUUUUUCCUCCCAUCUGACAUGUCGGGAAUGCAUCAUGUUUCUUGCAGACCCAUUUGGUUGGUUCAUCUGACUGAGCAUUCUUUCGUAUGACCGAUCCAAGGGCAUCACUCGCCCUGUUCAUAUAUCUUCGAUUGUCUUUUCUCCAGUUUGAAUGUGGAGGGGGGAAUGUUUCUUCUUUAGCUGCUUCUGACAAAGUGGACUUUAAAUGAGAGUUUUAAAAGUCAUUCUGAAGCCCUCGGAGUGGCAUGUCACCUCACCUGUUUUUAUUGAUUUUGUUUGUUAAUGAACAGGUACAAAAUUAAUGUUUUCAAGCUAGCUAGCAAAUGUUUAUUUUAUAUGAGCAUCCCAGACAAUAAAUGAGCCAGUUGUCAUAGUUUGGAUGGUUAUCUUUAAAUUGAAAUAACCCGCCACUCUAGCUUUUAAAAGAGUUUGUGGAGCGUUUGGGUCCAGAAGAAGCAUCAUAAUGUGUUCUGGCAGAAAUGAGAACGAGCUAUUUUGCCUUAUUCCUGUCUUCACAUUAUCCCUGAUGGAGUUCUAUUAGUUCGAGCAGCAGGGUUGAUGUGGUCGAAGGUCGCAGCGUGGCACUCUGUUGUGACUGUAAAAAAUUUUUCAUGCCACUUCACGAGUGUCGCACUGGAAUUGGCCUCGCAGAGUAAACAAAUGUUGUCGGGUUAGUAAUGGGGCAAUUUGUUAGUCCUGACAUACCUUGAUUGUGGUGGUUUGCACUCUCACGGAUGAGUUCCAAAACCACAGCCAUGUUACAUGACAGUUCAGAAGAGGGCGGGGCUUUUAUUGCUACAGUAUACAGAUGUACUCCUGUGUUGCUUUUGGCGUGAAAAAUGAAAGGAUAGCUGAUAGUGUAAGAGCAAAAUUCACCUUGGCCGUCAUCAUUUCUGCAAAUCAAACUUAAUGUAACCUGCACAAGUUUUAAACGGGACACUUACUAAUCGGGUCACUUUUCAGAAACACAAUUUAAGAAUAGGGCUUAAGGUAACACUUUAGUCACCACCAACGGCAAUUUGUAAUUUCACUGCGAGUUGUUUUUUUGAAACCUGGUGUCUUCCUCUUUAGUACUGGAAUGCAGCUUUGUUCUGGCGACAUGGUUUCUCUGUCUUUCAUUGUGUAAUAUCCACCACACAAGUGUCCAAGUAUGCUCACGUCAGAGGAUCGUGAAACGCUGGUGCGGUUGCUUACCUGUUGAUGCCGAAAUUUUGCCCCAAGGGAUGAAUGUGAGAUCAUCUAAAAUUGAAAGUCAUGCAGUAGUGAAUGGACUGUCUCGCUACUCUAAAUAGACUAUAAAUUGAAAAGUGAAAUCUCUUUAAACCAACAAACAGAAGAUGACGGUGUCUGGCAACAUUUGCUUGCUUUUUUUUCCUCCCAUUUGAAGACAUUUUGACCAUGUACAGUAAUUUGUAAACUUGCAUCAAGUUUAUGAAUAAAGAAUUUUACGAUUA